CAGAAUACACUUCUCACCACAACCAUGUCUUUUUCUCUUUCUUUGUGCACUCUCCUAAUCCUGAUCUCCCUCGUCUGCAGUCCUGCUGUCCCAUUUGUCAGUUCUCUUUCCUUCAAUAUGAGUAGCUUCGACUUGCAUGGAGGCGACAUACUGCUCGAAGGAUAUGCACGAACUGUGUCUGGAGCCGUUGAUCUAACCGAUAGCCCACCUCAACUAUAUCAAGUGGGCCGCAUUAGGUAUUCCAAACCCGUCGAUAUAUGGGAUUCUGUUACAGGGAGACGAGCAGACUUCUCUACUCGUUUCUCAUUCACCAUCGAUACUCUCAACGCCAAUCAGUAUAGUGAUGGCAUUGCCUUUUUUCUUGCUCCUGUUGCCUUCACACUCCCCCCUAACUCAGCCGGUGGAUUUUUAGGAUUGUUCAAUGCAAGCACAGUUGAUGCUGGGCCUCCGAACCAAAUCGUCAUGGUCGAGUUCGAUACUUGGCCGAACUCACCAUUUGAUCCUCCAAUGCAGCACAUAGGAAUCAACCAGCACUCACUCUCCUCGCUUGUUUAUGCCAGUUGGAAUGCUGCAUCACACAGCGGGAAUGCAACUGAUGUCAUGGUGACCUAUGAUUCUACUAGCAAGAAUCUUAGUGUAUUCUGGUCAUUUGAUGACAAGCCGGUUAAUCCGGAUAACAAAAGUUCCUCGCUUUCUUGCCAAAUUGAUCUUGCUAAAGUUCUUCCUGAAUCAGUAGCGAUUGGAUUCUCAGCUUCUUUUGGCGUCCUUCCCGAGAGACACAACAUCAAUUCAUGGGAAUUUACUUCAAACUUGGACGUUGUGCGUCCCCCAACGGCGGAUACAUCAACAAAGGGGGUAGACUUGAAGAAGGGGGUAAACUCUAAGAUGUAUAUGGUUAUAACAUUUAUCACUGCUCCCGUAGCAUGUCUCUUGCUGGUUAUUUCAGCAGGUUCUUGCUUAUUCAUGAUCAAGACGAGGAAAAAAUAUGAGUUUCGGGCUCUGACUCACAUUGACAAGGAGAUAGUAGCAUUGCCACUGAAAUUCUCUUAUCAAGAGUUGCUUGUUGCUACAAGUGGCUUCGCAAGUGAUCGACGACUAGGCCAAGGAGGGUCCGGCCAAGUUUACCAAGGAUUCUUGAACCGCUUAGAUCGCCUAGUUGCCGUCAAAAGAAUCUUUGCAAAAGCCAAACAUUCAGAGAAGGUCUUCACCAACGAAGUCAAGAUAAUAAGCCGCAUGAUACACCGAAAUCUGGUGCAAUUCAUUGGAUGGUGCCAAGAGGAAGGUGAGUUUUUGCUUGUUUAUGAAUAUAUGUCUAAUGGUAGCCUCGAUAAUCAUCUCUUUGGAACACGAAAAAGUCUUCCAUGGGAUGUGAGGUACAAGAUAGCUUCAGGGCUGGCAUUAGCCCUCAACUAUCUUCAUGAAGAUCUAGAACAGUGUGUUCUCCACAGAGACAUAAAAGCCGCCAAUAUAUUACUUGACACGAACUUCAACACUAAGCUUGGAGACUUUGGAGUGGCUAAGCUCGUUGACCCCCGGUUCAGGACACAAACGACGGACGUGGUAGGGACAUAUGGUUACCUUGCGCCAGAAUACUUGAGUGAUGGUAAGGUUACUAAAGAAUCCGACAUGUUCAGCUUCGGGGUCGUGGCUCUAGAAAUCGCAUGCGGUAGGAGGACCUAUCAGGAAGGAGAAUAUCACGUUCCCCUACAAAAGUGGGUUUGGCAGCUUUACCUUGCUGGAAACAUGCUUGAAGCAGUGGACGAGACAUUGGGUUCGAGUUUCGACAGAAAGGAAAUGGAAUGCUUGAUGAGGCUGGGACUGUGGUGCGUCCAUCCAGAUCCGAAGAGAAGACCGAAAGCAGGAAAAGUUAUCAGAUAUCUUCAGCAAGAAGCCCCAGUGCCCGAGCUUCCACCUGGCACAUUCGAGCCUCCCACUUCAUAUCAGCCAUCAGCACAAGGAGCAGUAUCGUCUUGUAUUGAAGAAUUCAGUUCCUUUUCAGCAAGAUAGAUCAUGGCUCCUAAAGCCAUUUUGACUUUUCGAGAAAUAAAAUAGACCUUGUGACAGAUUAUUUGUGAUCAAUCGACCUACUCUCUGCCGUAAAGAUGUAUCAUAGUUUUGUACUAGGUGGUCGCUCAUGAACUCUGUAGGAUCACACCGGGAAGUAAGUAACGAAAUCUCCGAAGUGUGUUUGACAUUUCUCAGUUAUGCCAGAUGAAGCUACUCCAAUUC